UGUAAGAAUAGCUAGCUUCUGUUAGCCUGUAUAGUAGCGAGUAGUGGAAAAUAUGUGAAAAUAACGUGAAAAUAAAACGUGAAAACGUGAACAAGUUAAGCUGUGCAACGCCCAGUUAAUGUCUGGCCAUGUGCAUUAGUAGACUGAAUUAGUAGAAGAAUCAAGGUAGAAGCACGUGAGCAUGCACAACGUGUAAAUAACAGCCUUCAUUUCGCAUUGCAUACUGUUGACAGAGCAGUUGUUGUUAAACAGGACUUGAGUUCUUAGUGAAAGCCUUGACAGCACCAUUGAUUGCAUGGAGCACGUGGUUCAGUGCGCCAGGAAUCCGCGCGCAGAACCGAGGACGUUAUUCGUGCGCGCAGAAGUGCCACAGGCUCGCGCUCAGUGCAUGCAGAGACGCGCGCGUCAUUAACGCGUGCUCCUCUAUCCCACAGCGCCUUUAAUCAGACGCGAUCAGACCCGUUCAUUUUACAGUACUGAGUAGGAGAGGCUUUCUGAUCAGAUGGUACAGCAACACAUCGGACUGACUGGAUAAACGACUCAAAGAUUCAACAUACCGGAGAACCCAGACAAUGGCAAAUAACACCACCGAGUUCUCCUGCCCCUCAAUUGACGACUUCCGUAACCAGGUCUAUUCCACCGCAUACUCCAUCAUCACUAUUUUGGGCCUGGUGGGUAACGGCUUUGCGCUGGUGGUGCUCAUCAGGACCUACCGCCAAUCCUCUGCGUUCCAUGUGUACAUGCUGAACCUGGCAGUGGCGGACCUGCUGUGUGUGUGCACGCUGCCUUUCCGCGUGCUCUACUAUGUGCAAAAGGGCCACUGGAUACUCGGUGACUUCCUGUGCCGCAUCAGCUCGUACGCGCUCUAUGUAAACCUCUACUGCAGCAUUUUCUUCAUGAUGGCCAUGAGCUUCACACGUUUCCUGGCCAUUGUCUUCCCCGUGCAGAACCUGCGCUUGGCCACUGAGAAGCGGGCGCGGGUCGUCUGCGCCUGCAUUUGGGUCUUCAUUUGUGGCACCAGCUCACCGUUCCUGAUGUCCGGCCAGCACUUCGACCCGAGGACCAACAAGACCAAAUGCUUUGAGCCGCCAGCGGAAUCGGGCAGCCUGAAGAAGCUGGUCGUGCUCAAUUACUUCUCACUGGUCGUGGGUUUCAUCAUACCCUUCCUAGUAAUCCUGGUUUGCUACAUUGGCAUUGUGCGGGCACUGUUGGGCAACCCGAAUGCAAAGAAGCAGCAAAACACGCGUACUAAGGCCAUCCGCAUGAUCGUAGUUGUCAUGCUGGCCUUCUUGGUCAGCUUCAUGCCUUACCAUGUGCAGCGUACCGUGCAUCUCCACUUUAAGAAGCAAGGUGCCUCGUGUGAUGAGAUCAACUACAUGCAGAAGUCGGUGGUGAUCACGCUGUGCCUGGCGGCCGCCAACUCCUGUUUCGACCCCAUGCUUUACUUCUUUUCGGGCGAGAACUUCCGUCACAGGCUCUCCACUUUCCGCAAGGUAUCGGUGAACUCCCUGAACAUGAAGCGCAACCGCAAAAUGCCACCAUCUGCCCAGCCUCUACAGAAGAGCGAGCUGGAGAAUUGACCCAGCUCAAGCAAACUCGGGUAGGGCUGAAGAUGACAGUUCCUCCUUGAUAAACGGACGUGCAAGCAGUGAGCAAACAUGAAGUGCUUGGAUUUUAUUUAGGGUUCAUAGAAAAUUUAUUCAUACGAAAUGGCAUUAACCCGGCCAUUAAGGUUGAGAAUAAUCUUAACUUGUCAUAUGAAUUCACUUGUGCAAACCACUGCUUUAGGGAAUUAGUAGUGAUGAAGAGUAGUCGUAGGGAAGAGAAGCGAUGGUUACUCAUUACGGAAACUCAGGCUCAGACUGAAGGACAAGGUAGGGUGAUCAAUGAAGUAAGCUCAGUAUUAUCAUGGUCCAAGAGGUGAAAAUGUAGCUUUCCCUUUCUGGAUAUUAAUUAGCAAAAAAAAAAAAAGAAAGAUAACGGCUUAUUCUAUACGACUUACUGUAAAUGGACUAAUGCACAAAGCAGCAGCC